CUGAUAUGGAGAGCAGCUUACUCAGCAGUUUAGGUCCAACAGUCCUUUGGAUUAGGAGGAAGUGUGUGCUGGAGAGCAAAGGCGUAUUGGAGUCACAGAAGACAGAGAGAGAACAACUGAGGGAGGAAUGCUAUGGCGGUGUCUCAGAGUAGUGUUAGUACGUGGAGCAGUAAGCAGGUGUCUGGCUGGCUGAAGCAGGAGGGGUUUGGGCAGUAUGUGGAGCUGCUGUGUUAUAAACAUCGUGUGGAUGGCCCCAGCCUGCUGACUCUAAGGGAGGCUGACCUGCGUGAACCCCCUCUGAGCCUCACUGUGCUGGGGGACAUCAAGAGGCUGGCCCUGGCCCUGCGGAGGCUCCAAAUACAGAACCAGAAGCAAAUGGAGGAGCUGGGGAUAGGGUUAGGGGGAUUAGGGGCUGCUGCUGGGGGGGACAGGGCCUGUCACGGGGAAGACUGGGGGGAUCACAGGGCUGACAGGCGGUGUAAUAGAGGGGAUCGUGUGUGUAACGGGGCAGGGUGCCGUCAGGUGGACUGUGGGAUCUCAGGGUUAUGGUCAGGGUCGCGACCCCGGUCAGGGAUGGCGUUAGAAAAAGACCAGUGCCACAUUCACUCCACUGGGGACAGGAAGUGCCUUUUAGGGCGUCUGGACCCAGAGCUGUGGAAGACAGUAGUCAGCUCUGUUUACGUCAUGCUCGUCUUCGGAUUUACCUCCUUCGUCAUGGUGAUCGUCCACGACCGCGUUCCCGAUAUGACAAUUUACCCGCCACUGCCCGACAUCUUCCUGGAUAGUGUACCCAGAAUCCCUUGGGCUUUUGCGAUGGCGGAGGCUUGUGGUUUAAUCCUAGUUUACAUCUUCCUAUUGGUGCUACUACUACACAAACACAGGUCUAUCAUAUUGCGGCGUCUGUGUUCUCUGAUUGGAACAGUGUUUCUGCUGCGUUGCGUCACCAUGUUUGUUACCUCCCUCUCUGUACCUGGACAACAUCUACAGUGCUCCAGUAAGAUGUAUGGUGAUACGUGGUCUAAGGUCCAGAGGGUGUUUGCUAUAUGGAGUGGCUUUGGCAUGACGCUGAAUGGAGUGGAUACCUGUGGAGAUUACAUGUUCUCUGGUCACACUGUGGUACUCACCAUACUCAACUUCUUCAUCACAGAGUAUACUCCUCGUAGCUGGCACCUGCUCCAUACCAUCUCCUGGGUACUGAAUCUGUUUGGUAUCUUCUUCAUCCUGGCGGCUCAUGAGCACUACUCCAUAGAUGUGUUCAUAGCUUUCUACAUCACCACCAGACUGUUCCUGUAUUACCACACUCUGGCCAACACCAGGGCCUUCCAACACAGCCGCCGUGCUCGGAUCUGGUUUCCCAUGUUCUCCUUCUUCGAGUGUAACGUCAACGGUCCUGUUCAUAACCAGUACAACUGGCCCUUCAGUGGGCCUGCCUGCAUGAAGACACUGAUUGGAUAACACAACUGGCCCUUCAGUGGGCCUGCCUGCAUGAAGACACUGAUUGGAUAACACAACUGGCCCUUCAGUGGGCCUGCCUGUAUGAAGACACUGAUUGGAUAACACAACGCAGCACACACACACAGGUAGGGUUAGGCUUUAGUUAGUGUCAGGGUUCAAUUGGCCAGAUUUGAACUCCAACCUGGGGAAUUAACUAUGUUCUAGAUUCUAAAGAAUUGCAUAUUGUACUUUCAGUAAUACACAGAUAAUGUAUGGCUAGCAGUAGAUAUUGAGCUAUGUAUAAUGUAUGGCUAGCAGGAGAUAUUGAGCUGUGUUUAAUGUAUGGCUAGCAGUAGAUAUUGAGCUGUGUAUAAUGUAUGGCUAGCAGUAGAUAUUGAGCUGUGUUUAAUGUAUGGCUAGCAGUAGAUAUUGAGCUGUGUUUAAUGUAUGGCUAGCAGUAGAUAUUGAGCUGUGUGUAAUGUAUGGCUAGCAGUAUAUAUUGAGCUAUGUAUAAUGUAUGGCUAGCAGUAGAUAUUGAGCUGUGUAUAAUGUAUGGCUAGCAGUAGAUAUUGAGCUAUGUAUAAUGUAUGGCUAGCAGUAGAUAUUGAGCUGUGUUUAAUGUAUGGCUAGCAGUAGAUAUUGAGCUGUGUUUAAUGUAUGGCUAGCAGUAGAUAUUGAGCUGUGUAUAAUGUAUGGCUAGCAGUAGAUAUUGAGCUGUGUAUAAUGUAUGGCUAGCAGUAGAUAUUGAGCUGUGUAUAAUGUAUGGCUAGCAGUAGAUAUUGAGCUGUGUAUAAUGUAUGGCUAGCAGUAGAUAUUGAGCUAUGUAUAAUGUAUGGCUAGCAGUAGAUAUUGAGCUGUGUAUAAUGUAUGGCUAGCAGUAGAUAUUGAGCUGUGUAUAAUGUAUGGCUAGCAGUAGAUAUUGAGCUGUGUAUAAUGUAUGGCUAGCAGUAGAUAUUGAGCUGUGUAUAAUGUAUGGCUAGCAGUAGAUAUUGAGCUGUGUAUAAUGUAUGGCUAGCAGUAGAUAUUGAGCUGUGUAUAAUGUAUGUUGUUUAUUGAUGAGUUUAAUCAGUUAGUUGUAUGGUAGUGUAUGUAGCUGGCCAUAUUUAAUGUAUUGGAAUCUGUGCUUCAUUAACAUCAUGUAUGUACACUGAGUGUACUAGACAUUAGGACUCUUUCCACGACAUAGACUGACCAGGUGAAUCAAGGUGAAAGUAUUGAUGUAUUGAUGUCACUUGUUAAAUCCACUUCAAUUAUUGUAGAUGAAGGAGAGGAGACAGGUUAAAGAAGGAUUUUUAAGCCUUGA